AUGUUGACAACACUAUUCAUAGCUUUGGCUAUAACAGCAGUAUUUGCUGGUGUUCCCAACCCCGAUGACACAAAAAGGAUGAUGGAUCACCUAUCUGAUGCAGAACAUUAUAGGAAUGAACACCAUAACAAACAAUUUGAUCAUGAUGCUUUUCUGGGAGAGGAUCAGGCCAAGUCUUUUGACCAACUGUCUCCUGAAGAAAGUAAACGGAGGCUCGGAAUAAUCGUUGACAAGAUAGACACGGACAAAGACGGGUUUGUCUCACUUGUUGAAUUGAAAGAUUGGAUCCGUUAUACGCAGAAGAGGUACAUCGAUGAGGACGUCGAGAGGCAUUGGAAGCAGCACAAUCCGAACAAUGAAGAUCUUAUCACUUGGGAGACGUACAAGAAAAACGUGUAUGGCUUUAUGGACAAUUUGUCAGAGAGCGAACUCAAAAAUAAUGAAGGGUUCACUUACACCACUCUGUUGAAACGUGACCGCAGGCGGUGGCACUAUGCUGACAGUGACAAAGACGAUGCGUUAAAUCGCACCGAAUUCGCUGGUUUCCUGCACCCUGAGGAUCACGGCGGCAUGAGGGAUGUGGUCGUGCUUGAAACCUUGGAGGAUAUUGAUAAGGAUAAAGAUGGUAAGCUUUCUCUCGAAGAGUACAUUGGGGACAUGUAUAAGCCGGAGGAGGGUGAGACCAUUGACGACGAGCCCGACUGGGUCAAGCAAGAAAGGGAGCAAUUCGCUGGAUAUAGAGAUAUGAACAAAGAUGGCUUCAUGGAUGAGCAUGAAGUUAAAGAAUGGAUCGCUCCACCAGAGUUUGAUCACGCUGAAGCGGAAGCGAGACACUUAGUCUUCGAGGCUGACUCCGAUGCAGACGAGAAACUGACAAAGGCUGAAAUAUUAGACAAGUAUGAUCUCUUCGUUGGAUCCCAAGCAACCGACUUCGGAGAGGCGCUAGCCAGACACGAUGAAUUCUAAACAAUAUUAAAAAAUUUAAUACAUGGGGCACAUCUCUAAAUUACGUCAC